AUGAAACUGCUUUUAAAUAGUUAUCAUAAUUUACUCUCAACAUCAAUAAUAUUGUUAACCGUAGUGUCGUUAAAUAGUUUGUUUAUUCAAUGUGAUUUAUUAUUUAAUGAAGAAGAUCAUUACAACAAUCAUCGCGAACAAAAUGUAAUCAAUAAUAAUGAAUCAUUUCACCAUGUCGAAGAAAAUACAAACGUGGAGAAUCAUGCUUAUGAAAGUUUGAAAGCCGAUAAAUAUCAUACAGAAAAUAUUGUGAAUGAGAGUGCAAAUCAAAUUGACUUUCUGUCAAAAUCAAUAACUGAUAUAAAUCAUGAUAAAUCAUUACCUGUAACAAUUAUUACACCUAAUAAUGUUACUGAUGAUAGAUUUCCAAUAACUAAAAUUGUUUCAAACAAAUCAUCAUUGUAUAAAUAUUCAUUGAAUCAAGAUGUAAUUAAUAAAAAAUUAAUUAAUCAUAGGAAAGUAUCUAAUAGUAAAUAUUCAUCUCCUUGGGCAUUUUCAAUGCCAUCUACAAUGAUUAAAUCUUCAACAAAAAUUGUUGAAAAUUGGCCACUUAGUGACUAUCGUAUUGAAUUCAUUGAAGAUUUAAUUCAAAAAAAUAUUGGAAUAAAAUUCAACGACAAUGAUAAUAAUAAUUUUUCACAAAUGAUUAUUAUGCCAAAAACAUCUUCAAUUUAUUUAGUGAAAAAUCGAGGAACUCUGUUAAAGUUAGACAUGACGACAUUCGAACAACAUGAUAAAUAUACACUACCGACGUCAUUAAAGUCUAUGCCAGAAUGCAACGAUUCUUGGUCAUGUCAUUCAAUGAAGGAAAUCAGUUUGCUUGCUAAAAUGCCUGAUGAACGUAUGAUAUGGAUCUGCUAUGUGACCCAUCAUUCUUCCGAAAAUCGUCCUAAUCUACUUGCGGAAAGUGGUUGCAUGGUCCCAACGGUUGAAAAUCUGGCCAUACCAUUAAUUCAAUGGGAAAAUCCUCAUUUCAAUUCACUAUAUCCUGAUAAACCACCCAGUGUUCUUAAUGCAGCUGACGGAUUCACUUAUAUAUCUGCAUUUACUCUAGAAUACUUGCGUAUAUUUCGUGCUUAUAUGCCAGAUUGGAAUGGAAAUUUCAAUUGGACAGGUGCAUUGGUCACCGAUAAAAAUCCAACAUUUAUAGCAGAACCCGCGCAAAUUUUAUUAACUUUCGAAACAAUUGAUGAAAUUUAUUUCGUUCUUCGAGAACAACCAAAUUCACAAAUGUCUAAAUGUGAAGUAAAUGUAGGUAGUUCUAUAAACCAUUUAUCUAAAGUUGAAAAAUUAAAACGAUUGCACCAGCCUUACUGUUUAACAAGUGUUGCACGUUUAGUAAGAGUUUGUAAAGGUGAUCCAGGUGGUUUGCCAUAUAUUAGCUCAAAUCGUUUUGCUACAUUUGCAAAAGCUGACCUAAUCUGUCCAGCUACAAAUGAAAAUGGUGGAUAUUUUAGCUACACACACAUUUCAACAGCUUAUUGGGAUAAUAAUACACAAUUACUUUACGCAACAUUUACAACGGAAAAAUCAGCUCCAGUUGGAAGUGCUUUAUGCAUUUAUAGUUUGAAUGAACUUAAAGCUUCGUUCAAUGGACCACUAGUUCGCACUAAUGAAAAACAAAAUGAUUUAAAAUCGUCUCCUGUACCCAAUUCAUUUUCAAAUAUUUGCACAAGAUUCAAUUCCAAAAAUAGAACUGAAGAAGAAGUAACAGUUGGACGACUUUUGUCUUUACGUUUCCCUUAUCGUUAUUUGCCAGUCAAACCACUACAUGGUCAUGCUUUGUUGUCACAGACUGGUGAUAAAUGGGUGCAUUUGCAGGCUUAUAAUUUGCCUUCACUAACAAAUUAUUAUCAAAGUGAUGAACAUAUCAAAACAAGUAUUAUAUGGAUUGGUACAAAGAAACAUUUGAUUCAAUUCGUAGUAUAUACAUACAACGAUGUAACAUCGCCUACUGGAGAAACGUAUUCAACAGAUAACCGGUACAAAGCGAUACCAAUUAUAUGCAAACUCAAAGAGAUUUUACUUGGACGUCAAAUUGAAGCAAUAAUCCUUCAGUUACCUCCAGAUAGAUUGGAUUCUAAUGUUAAAAAGGAGUUAGAAAUACACAGUGACACUUGGAAUAAAAGGAAUCUUUCCAAACGAAUUGGGGACGUAAGCGUGGAAUCAGUUAGAGCAUCACAAGUAAAUAGACUUUAUGGUGAAGAGAUAGUUGGUAAAGUAGAAAAUGAAGAAAUUCGUCGUAUCGAAAUAUCAGCUUCCUAUUUACAUAUCAUGACAAAUAAACAAUUAUUUCGUCUACCACUGACACGUUGCUCUGAAUACCAAACAUUUGAUGACUGUCUCAACUCAAAAGAUCCUCACUGUGGUUGGAAUUGGUCCGAAGGUAGAUGUUCAAGUGGUUAUCUGUUUGAGUCUACCGUACAAAUUAACCGUUUAAAUACAUUUUCACCAUCAAUUGAUCAUAGACAACAAAGUAAUCGUCAAUGUCCAACAAAAAGUUUUACAUUUGACAAAGAUAAAGAGAAUUCAUGGACAAAGUGGUAUGAUUGCAAUUGGAUUGCUUCACUACAAACAGGUGAUCCGGUUCCUAUAACAAUUCACAAACAACCGAGUGAUGAUGUCAAUGAAAAUGUUGGUGACAAUAUCUCAAUAAAAUUGCUGGGAAGUUGUUUAUGCCGUUUAUGCAUCAGUCAAGUUAAUUGUGUUCUUGGAAUUCAGCAGGUUAAAAACUGUACUCGUUUCGAUCAAAAUUGGCUUCCUUGGUCUAUAUGGAGCGACUGUGAUCCAACUACUAAUAUUCAAAUACGGAAAAGGCAAUGUCGAUCCAAUGCAGUUUGUUCGGGAAGCAGUAUCGAACAACGAUCUUGUUUGGACGAUGACAGCUGGUUUAGAAAAUCCAAUGUUAUACCGAAAUCAGCCAGUUACUAUAAAUCAAGAAUUCAUUAUACUACUCAAGCUGACGGUUACACUCUUACACAUUUGAUACUUGUAGUAAUAUGUGGAUUAUUAACUGGCAGUUUAAUAACAGUUAUAUUAUUUUGGUCGUGUAGAUGUCAUCGUUGGUCAUAUGAUGAAGAUGAUAUUGCUAAGUUAACAAAGAAAAAUUACAUGAAAACUAUUCCUAAUCAUUGUAAGGGUCAUCUGCCUUAUGAAAGUCAACAAACUUGUUUAACUACUAGCGAACCGUUAAGUAAACAUUCAUGGAGUUUAAUUGAUGAAAAAGAACCUAUCUGGUGUAAUAAAUCAGAUAUUAUAGCACAAGCAUCAACAGAUACACGAUACGAAUAUCUACCAUCUACUCAAGUUAUACCAACUAAUACCAGAUUUAACAGAUCAGUUGGUCGAAAGUCAACGAAAAUACGUCAUUUAAACACCCCAUGUCAUGAUAUAUCGACAAGUGUAUAUUUACUAUCCAAUACACCGUCACCAACAUCAGUCACAAGUAACCCGUCAACAACUUCAACAUUACUGAAAGACAAAUUUACGUUUGAUUCAUUUGCUGAACAAAAUUCCAAUGUUUUAGGUGAUUGUAAAACUAAUCUAAUUAAUAUUACACCUGAUAACAGAAAUGAGAAUAACAACGAAAAUCUAGGGAAUUUAUACUUAACUGGUUAUUUCUAUGCACCAAUAGAACCAAUACAUAACCAAAUGAUAACAUCAACAAAAACUUCUUUACCAACAACAAGAAUCAAUAUUGGAUUACCUGAAUAUCAUGACUAUCAAACUAGACAAACUCCUACAAUAUCUUCAUAUUAUAACCAAAUAAAUACUGGUCUUGUUAUUCCAAAAUCUAUUCUUGUACAACCUACAUUGUCAUCAUUUAGAGAAAAUGAACACUUAAACAAUAGUAUCAUUAGUAAUACUAUGAUAACAACAAAAUGUAUUGAUGGUGAAACUUUUACAAUUACAGAAAAUCCAGCACAACUUUCAUAA